AAUGGUCAUUAGAUAGAGUUGUCAACUCCCCUAGACGGAGGAGAGAGAGAGAGAGAGUGAGAAAGAGAAACCGGCGAAGCAAAUCUAUCUUUGGGGACCAAAACCAUCAUCAAUCAAUGCCGAGCAGAGCCGAGUGAGUGGUCGACCCUUGACAGCAAUAAAGAAGCAGACGACAGACGACGAAUACAAACUAGUUAGCAGGAGUGGGUAUAAGAGCUUCCGGGUGCGACAGUGAGACAAGACAAUGUUCUUAGAACUACAGUGCCUUGAGGAAGAAGACAACUCACUAGGAAAACAAAGGUUUCACUGAAAUCAAACCAAUGUUGAGCUAUUGGUAGCACUUGCUAAAGAAGAGCAGAAAGAGAUGGAGAAGACACAGAUGCCUGUUGCCCGAGAAGAGAAGAUACUGGUUCUGGUGAGAUUGAGGCCUCUUAACGAGAAGGAGAUUGCAGCGAAUGAAGCUGCGGAUUGGGAAUGCAUCAAUGAUACCACCAUAUUGUACAGAAACACGUUGCGCGAAGGCUCAAACUUUCCUUCUGCAUAUUCAUUUGAUAGAGUCUACCGAGGUGAAUGUCCCACCAGACAAAUUUACGAAGAUGGAACCAAGGAAAUCGCUCUGUCGGUUGUCAAAGGAAUCAAUUGUAGUAUUUUUGCAUAUGGCCAGACGAGUAGCGGCAAGACAUACACCAUGUCUGGUAUUACUGAGUUUGCUGUUUCACUGAAAUCAAACCAAUGUUGA